UGCACCACACGUGGCAAGGGGAUCUUUCCCACACACACCCGCUAUCCCACGUGACCGCGUAUGGAUGGUGGUUGGUUAGCCACUGGUGUGGGUAAUCGGUGAGGUGGCUAUGGGUGGGGCUAUAGCGAUAGACGAGUGGCAGCAACUGAAUAGAGGAGAAUUAGGAGUGGUGGAGGGUCUGACUUGGGUGGUUGUGUGGAGAUAGGGUUAGUUUAGUUGAACUUAGGAGGGGUGGAGGGUUUGACAUUGUAGUAUGAGGCCUGAUAGGCACCCGUGGGUGAAAUCUUCCGCCCGCCUCCAUCCCUGCCCCGGACCCAUCUUUGGCCCUAACCUGUGAAACCCUUGAGUGCAAAUCAGCGCCCACACCUACCCCCGCCGGGUGCAGAACCCACGGGGACCUCGACCCACACCCAUGGUCCUCCCUGCUAUCCCUACAGUUAAGAUUUUAGUUUUCAACUGAGGUAAUUCUAAUUCUCUCUCCUUCACGUGUAUUAUAUGAACCACAGUUAAGAUUUUAUCUGCCCGGUUGUGCUGUCUUGCAUGCAUGUAGCUCCCAUGCUUCUCGUUAGGAAUCAAAGAUCGAUACCGUGCUUAAUUUUUUCUUGUUAACAAAUGAUAGCUUCUGUUAGGUAUAUUGAUUAUUGUUUUUUCCUUCAUGACGUGUAAUUUUUUAGCAUUGGAUUUACAGAUGUGCUAAUACGUAGAGUUGUAGAGAGACUAUGGUAAUUCCUUUUCAUACAAGACAAGAAUGAAACUUUACUAGGAAAAUUCAACAGUGUCGAGAUGACUCCAUGUAGAGUGCGUAUAAUCUUUAUUGUAAGAAAAUAACAUAUUGGAGAUGAUAUUUGGUCUAACUUUUUUUACAGCAAAAACCAAAGCAAUGGCGACGGUCCUGGAUGCUUUGGCAUCCUACCUCCAAAACAUGCUGACAGAGAUGGCGAAAGAAGAGGUGCAUAUGCUGCUUGGUGUCUCCGGGGAGAUUAACAAGAUGGGUGUCAAGCUCGGGGACCUCAAGAACUUCCUCACCGAUGCCGACAGGAGGAACAUCACUGACCUCAGCGUGCAGGCAUGGGUGAAAGAGCUUCGGGACAUCAUGUAUGACGCCACCGACAUCCUCGAUCUAUGCCAGCUCAAGGUCAUGGAGCAAGGUCCACCCUCGAAUACGGGGUGCUUUAACCCAUUACUGUUUUGCAUGCGGGAUCCUCUUCAUGCUCAUGACAUCGGCAGCCGCAUCAAGAACCUUAACCAAAGGCUAGAUGGCAUCAAGGCACGUAGCGCUACCUUCAACUUCAUCAACCUUAGUUCAUACAAGGACUGUAGAAAGCCUCACUCGGCUAGCCGUGAGACGUCAGGGAUGCUCGACGAGUCAGAUGUGGUCGGUGAGAAGAUCAUUGAGGAUACAAGAUAUCUUGUGAAGAUGCUAACAAAGGAGGAGGAAACCAAUCGUGGAAAUUACAAAAUUAUGGUUUUUGCCAUAGUGGGAGUUGGCGGGAUAGGCAAAACCACCCUUGCCAAGAAGAUUUUUAAUGAUGACAUCAUACAACAAGAGUUCACAAAGAAAAUAUGGUUGAGUGUCAAUAAACACUUUGAUGAGAAUAAAUUGCUGAGGACAGCCAUCAUUGAAUCUGGGGGAGGCCACUAUGCAGCUGAUUAUCCAAAGAACACGCUUGAGCGAAUCCUAAAGGAAGCCUUGGAGGGGUACAAGACCUUGUUGGUGAUGGAUGAUGUUUGGGAUUACCGGGCAUGGGAGGGUGUACUAAAAACCCCAUUAGUGAAUGCCCUAGCUCGAGGUAGCCGUGUCCUCGUCACCACAAGGCAUGACAUGGUUGCCCGAGGGAUGAAGGCUGUGGAGCCCUACCACCAUGUCAACAAAUUAGAACUUGAGGAUGCCUGGUCCUUGCUCAAGAUGGAGGUAGUUAAAAAUGAAAAUGACAAACCUGAUAUUGACAUGCUAAAGGAUAUUGGAAUGAGAAUCAUAGCAAAAUGUGAUUGUUUGCCACUUGCUAUCAAAGUAAUGGGAGGGCUCUUGCGCCAAAAAAAGCAGACAAGACGAGGUGAUUGGGAGAAGGUUCUAAAGGAUUCUAUAUGGUCAGUAUCUAAUUUGUCCGAAGAGCUAAACAACGCAAUAUACCUUAGCUAUGAAGAUUUGCAUCCUUCUUUGAAGCAAUGCUUUCUGCACUACUCCCUCAUACCUAGGGGUAAAUUGCUUUCUAUUGAUACCAUAAUUAGCAUGUGGAUUAGCGAAGGCUUUGUUCACGGGAACACGGAUGAACUAGAAGAUUUAGGGGUAGAAUAUUACCGCGAGUUAAUAUCCAGGAACCUUAUAGAUCCAGACCAACGGUGGGUCGACCAAACGCAUUGCAGCAUGCAUGAUGUUAUUCGCUCAUUUGCUCAUUAUGUGGAUAAAGACGGAGCAUUGGUAGAUCACCUUGGAGAAAUCAAUAUCAUUAGUAAACUUAAUUCCCAAAAAUUCCUUCGGUUGUCCUACGAAAGAUCAGAAAGAAAUGAAUUAGAGUGGAGUUCUCUACAAGCACAAAAAUCAUUGAGAACAAUAAUAUCAUUUGGACAUUUAAAGAUUAAGCCUGGAGAUUCCUUUGUUUCUUUUUCAAGUCUGCGGACGCUGUAUUUAAGCUUUGUAAAUUGUGAUGCAUUGCUUGAAUCGUUGUUUCAGCUCAAGCACUUGAGGUACUUGUGCAUAACAGAAUGUGGCAUAUCUAUAUUACCAGAAAACAUAGGCAUGAUGAAACUCUUGCUGCACAUUGACAUUUCUGGUAAUGAAAGUUUGGUGAAGCUCCCUGGUAGCAUUGUAAAGCUACGUCAGCUGAGGACUCUUAACCUUUGUGGCACAGGAAUAAAUAAGAUACCCAGGGGAUUAUACGUUCUUAAUAAUUUGUGGAAAUUGGUAGGGUUUCCCGUCCACAUGGAUGGUGAGUGGUGUAGUUUGCAAGAAUUGGGUCCUCUUUCCGAGCUCGAGGUCCUUUCUAUAGAUGUCCUAGAGAAUGUGCCUGCUUCCUCAUUUGCCACAAAGGCCAUGCUUGGUGAAAAGGUGCGUCUUGACAGUCUGCACUUAAGAUGCACUAGUAGAUUGGGAGAUGAUGGUCGGUUGGUAAAAGAGGAAGAGCAGCAACUAAUCGAGGAAGUCUUUGAUGAGCUCUGCCCUCCACCCUGCUUGAGAAGGCUUGGAAUCUACGGGUAUUAUGGUCGACGGUCCCCAAGGUGGAUGAUGUCGACAGCAGUGACGCCCUUCGAGAGGUUGAGGUUUGUAAUGAUGUAUGACCUGACUAGCUGCACGGAACUCCCUCAUGGCUUGUGUCAACUCCCUUGCUUGGAGCUCUUACAGAUUGAUGGCGCCCCAGCUAUCAAGCGUGUUGGGCCUGGAUUCCUGCAACACUAUCAUCAUCGCCACAAUCAUUCCCAGGUAGCACCUGUGUUUCCUAGGUUGCAGGAGCUGUACUUGGCAGGAAUGGUGGAAUGGGAGGAGUGGGAGUGGGAGGAGCAAGUGCAAGCCAUGCCUGUCUUGGAGGAGCUUCAACUCGAGAGGUGCAAGUUGCGGCACAUUCCUCCUGGCCUUGCCUUCCACGCGAGGGCUUUGAGACGAUUAUAUGUGUACAAUGUUGAGCACCUAAGGUCUCUAGAGAACUUUGCUUCUGUUGUUCACCUUGACUUGUUUGAAAACACUGACCUGGAGAGGAUCAGUAAUCUCCCGAAAUUGCAGAAGCUCGACAUCAAGUUCUGCCCAAAGAUGAAGGUGUUGGAGGGUGUGUCUGAACUACAGAGACUCAAUCUAGAGGAUUAUGGCAUGGAAACGCUCCCGAGAUAUCUGCAGGAUGCAAAACCAGGGCAUUUUCAGCUAGACUGCACCUUAUCUCUGCUCAUUUCCAUAGCCUCUGGGAAAUCUAGCCCUGAGUGGGACAAGUUCAGCCAUAUCCAGCGAGUCAAGGCAUAUGCAAAGGAUGAAGGCAUUCCAAGGAAACGGUAUGUGCUGUACACAAGAGAUCCUUUCAGCUUUGAGACAAAUAUCAGCCGCUCUGCCAUUGCCCGAGCCCGCAGGCAUCGCAUUCAGUUUGCCUACUUGACAACAUGGCCCAUUGAAGAGGAGUGGCCGGUAGGAGAUGCGAAUGCGGACGAACGUCAGAGACUCUGCAGAUACUUCAGGAGAUGGAGAGGAGGAGAAGAACUUGUGUACGGUGAUACACGGUGGCUGUAAUCAGUCCGCUGGCGUCUACAUUGCAUGUGGCAUGUGUGUCCAAACAUAUUCCUUUGGCUGCCUGGUUGCGUCGAGUGUGCGUGCAGCUUCUUGACAGAUGUCAGAAAUGUAAACAAGUACGUCCAUUGCUAGUGAGUACUGCGUGCUGGCCUCCCAUUGGUCUGCCUUUCAUGAUACAGUAUAAUAUCGAACAUGCUCACUAGGUGCCAUCCACACCAUCACAAUCAUGCAUACAUGAUACAUUUCAUCGUGUUGCAUUACAAAACCUCAAAGAGAUGCAGAAUUGACUUCAUAUUGCAGUGAAUUGCUGCAAUCUAACGCUGGCAACUGGCAUACACAACUUUGGUUUCAGUCCAAGAAGAAACACCGAUAUACUACCCAAUCAAAA